AUGUUUCGUCAGCAUCCCGCGUGGUCUUUUCUCGGCCGGCUUCCGCGGAACAUACGAAACAACAUUCGACUGAAUUACCUGAUCUAUCUAUCUAUCUAUCUAUCUAUCUAUCUAUCUAUCUAUCUAUCUAUCUCAUCUCUCCAUUAUCUCAAUCUCUCCAUUAUCUAUCUAUCUAUCCCUAUCUAUCUAUCUAUCCAUUAUCUAUCUAUCUAUCUAUCCCAUCUAUCUAUCUAUCUAUCUAUCUAUCUAUCUAUCUAUCCCAAUCUAUCCAUUAUCUCCCAUCUAUCCAUAUCUAUCUAUCUAUCUAUCUAUCUAUCUAUCCAUCUCUCCAUUAUCUAUCUAUCUAUCUCCCAUUAUCUAUCUAUCCCAAUCUAUCUAUCCCAUCUCCAUCUAUCUAUCCCAUCUAUCUAUCUAUCUAUCUAUCUAUCUAUCUAUCAUCUAUCUAUCCCAAUCUCUCCAUUAUCUAUGUAUCUAUCCCAAUCUCUCCUUAUCUAUCUAUCUAUCUAUCUAUUCAUCUAUCUAUCUAUCUAUCUAUCUAUCUCCCAAUCUCUCCAUUAUCUAUCUAUCUAUCUAUCUAUUGUAGAGACAGAAAUACGCAUUUCAUGA